AUGGCAGGAAGGGUGCGUCGACCCGUCGACGAGGCUGCAUCGGAGCCGCAUCUCUCUCCAAGAGGAUGCUCCCGAGAUCAAGACUCCGGUUUGAGCCGAGGCUGUUUCGGCUUCGGCCAAUCCAACCCAGCAUACCAGAUGACAGACUCGACGGGGGGGGGGGGGGGGCGGUUCGUGAUGCGCAGGAAGCCACCGGGCAGGCCGAGGUCGUUGGACGUCGACACCGGCGAGGCGGUGGGGCAGCUGCCGCGUCUCGACGAGACGACGGUGCGCUUCUUUGGCGACGAGGCCCGCCAGCCGGCCGAUCGGUCUCGUCUCGUCCAUGGGGAUUACAAGGUUGAUGAUGUCGUGUUGCAUAAGACGGAGGCGAGGGUCACUGGUAUCCUAGAGCAUAAAACCAGAAAAAAAAACAUACAAAGCUGGGAAAUCUCCACCGUCGGUCGCCCACUAUCGGACCUGUGCAACCUCAUGACAGACCUCUACACGGCCAGGUACCCCGGUGCGUCGACCUACGACUCGUCGGGGUUCCUGCCGGGCCGCACGCACGGUCUGCCGCAGCCGGACCAGAUCCUUCGGCGGUACCGGGAGGCGACGGGGACGGGAUGGUAUGCUCUCCGUCAGCCCGGCAGCGACAGGGCAAGAUGUCAUGCUGCUACGAGGGGGGCCUCGGCCGAGUAUGCUUGGGGAUUGGUGCGGAGGGCAGCCGAGGAGAGCGAUGUAGAUAAAGCGAAGCUAUGA